AUGGAGUCCGUGAAGACCAGGGCCACGGUGGGGAUGAAGGAGUUGGCGGGGAAGACCCUGGGCCGCAUGCACAGGGCGAUGGAGAAGAGACAAAGGGGCGGUGAGGUGAUGGAGCUGACCGAGGACGGGCGGCCGCGUGAGGCCGCGGAGAGGAAGCCCCCCUUGUGCGACUGCAAAUGCUUCGGCCUGCCGCGCCGCUACAUCAUCGCCAUCAUGAGCGGCCUGGGAUUCUGCAUCUCCUUCGGCAUCCGGUGCAACCUGGGCGUGGCCAUCGUAGGCAUGGUCAACAACAGUACGAUCCACCAGAACGGGAAGAUCAUCAUUAAGGAGAAAGCCAAAUUCAACUGGGACCCAGAGACGGUGGGAAUGAUUCACGGAUCCUUCUUCUGGGGCUACAUCGUGACCCAAAUCCCAGGAGGCUACAUCUCCUCCAGACUGGCUGCAAACAGGGUGUUUGGCGCAGCCAUUGUUCUGACAUCAAUCCUCAACAUGCUGAUUCCCUCAGCUGCUCGAGUCCAUUUUGGUUGUGUCAUUUUCGUUAGGAUAUUGCAAGGACUGGUGGAGGGAGUCACCUACCCCGCCUGUCAUGGAAUAUGGAGUAAAUGGGCUCCUCCGCUUGAAAGGAGUCGUCUGGCCACUAUCUCUUUUUGUGGCUCCUAUGCUGGCGCAGUGAUUGCAAUGCCUCUGGCUGGGAUACUGGUUCAGUACACAGGAUGGUCUUCAGUGUUCUAUGUCUACGGAUGCGUCGGCAUUUUUUGGUACAUGUUUUGGAUAUUAGUGUCUUACGAGAGCCCUGCUGAACAUCCGACUAUCACUGAUGAGGAACGCUGUUACAUCGAGGAGAGCAUUGGAGAAAGCGCCAUGCUAAUGGGCCCUACUGAGAAAUUCAAGACACCCUGGAGGAAGUUCUUCACCUCAAUGCCUGUCUAUGCAAUCAUUGUGGCCAACUUCUGCAGGAGCUGGACAUUUUACUUGCUACUUAUCAGCCAACCUGCAUAUUUUGAGGAAGUGUUUGGCUUUGAGAUCAGCAAGGUUGGCAUCCUGUCCGCGCUGCCCCAUUUGGUGAUGACCAUUAUUGUGCCCUUUGGCGGCCAGCUGGCUGACUACCUGCGCAGCAAGAACAUCCUGUCAACGACCACAGUCAGAAAAAUCAUGAACUGCGGAGGAUUUGGCAUGGAGGCUACGCUACUGCUAGUGGUAGGAUACUCUCACAGCAAAGGGGUGGCCAUUUCCUUCCUGGUGCUGGCAGUUGGCUUCAGUGGAUUUGCUAUAUCAGGCUUUAAUGUCAACCAUUUGGACAUCGCACCCCGUUAUGCCAGUAUCCUCAUGGGCAUCUCUAACGGAGUGGGUACCCUGUCUGGGAUGGUGUGUCCUCUUAUUGUUGGUGCUAUGACAAAAAACAAGACCAGAGAAGAGUGGCAGUACGUGUUCCUCAUUGCCUCCAUGGUGCACUACGGGGGCGUGGUAUUCUAUGGGAUCUUCGCGUCGGGGGAAAAGCAACCGUGGGCCGACCCCGAGCUCACCAGCGAGGAGAAGUGCGGCUUCAUCGACGAGGACGAGCUGGCAGAAGAGACGGGCGACAUCACACAGAGUUACGGCGCUUACGGCGGGCCAGCCAAGUCGUACGGCGCCACCACGGAGGUGAACGGAGGCUGGGCCACCAGUUGGGAGAAGACAGAGGAGUAUGUGCAAGAAGAAUCUCAGGGGGGAUGCUAUCGGUAUGGCCAGGAGGAGGGUUAUUCUUAGACCAAACAGACAAUGAUAUGUGUAGCCCUCUUGAGUGUGUGUCAAUAUAGUCGUGAAUAAUGUCAUCAAAUUAGAAAGCUUCAAAAAAAAAAAAAAAGAAAUCCCAUUCCAUUGUUGUUGUUUGCACAAGAAGUAACAGCUUAAUGUAUACAGUAAAUGAAACGCUACUAAAUGAUAUUUGAUUCAAAAGAUAUGUAACAUAUCUAAUUGGCUACCUGUAAUUGUAUUAUUAUGCAUAUGGAUAAUAGAUAUACUUAUUUGGAGUGAAAUUGUGUUUUGAUGUAAAAAAAAUCUCAUCCCAUCAGCAAAGGCUUCCAAAAAAAAAAAAAAAAGACCUCAAAGAAGGCCACAGAAGGAAAGCCCUCCCUCAUGAUUCAUGUGAGGUGCUUUUGGUUAAUAUACAGUAUCACAGAUAACAACCACACAUAGAGCUUUGUCAAGAAAAUCUGACCUCCGUCAAUACUGAUUGUACUGUCCCACUCCUAAGAGCACAUUUUUGGGUUUGUUAUUCUGGUAUAGACAUUUGCCAUAGUGGAUUGUCUAUGGCAACACUGCAUUAAGGAAACCGCUUUUCUUUGCGUGCUCCAUUUUGUAACACGGUACCAUUGCGGUGAAGAGUGUGACGUUCGUAGUCAAAGCAGUGUAGUGCAAGAGUCAGGUGUCAAGUUCCUAUUAUAAAGGUUGGUCGCCAAAUAAGCAGAUUGAAAUAUGACGCGUUGUGGUGAAGAGGUGCUUGCAAUAUAUUUUUUUUCAAAGUCCAAUGUGACUCAAAUUCAAUGUGAAAAGAUUUAUUGAAGGGUCUGUGCAAUGCAGAGGUGUAUUAAUCUGUCAGUAUCACAAUAUUAGAGCACAAUGUUGUUGAAAAAUAUAGAAAUAUUGAAAAAUAUUGAAACUCUAAAAUGCACACAAUUAAAGCACAUUUUUAGCUGACGGGAAGGUGUUAUUUAAUAGAGGAUGGAAUGAGCAUUCACCCCAAGUUUAUGGAUGUGUACAUGCAAUUACAUUUUGAAUCAAGUUUUAAAAAAUUCAACAUCAGUAAAAUAUUGAUUUUACAUCUGGGCCAUUUGUGAAGGUGGAGAUAAUACAUUUUAUUGGUUGUUGUGUAACAUAUGCAAAUAGGCCACAUAUUUUUAAGAUCAACAACAACAAAGAAUAAGACAACCUAGUCCACCUUCGAAUCGCUCAAGGGGCCAAAGUUCACUUCCUAUGAUGGCCAUUCAUCAGCACUUCACUAUAUAAAUGUGUGUGGAUGAGUAAUUAUGCAUGCAAUUUUGUGGUGCAACAUUUCUUUUGUCCAUUCUUCCCCACCCCUCUCCCCCUUUCAAAUGAAUGUUGUUGUUUUUUUUGUCUCAGAAACUGUUUCCAUUUCUUUGCACAACGAACCAAAGGGGAAGAGCAAAAAUGGGUUUUAGAAACAAAAAGUAACAUUUUCUAAGUGAGCAAAGAUCAUCAGCAACAAAGUUGAAGUCCAAACCACCGGUGUGCAAGUGGCACUCAAACCUCUGUACUGUACAAAGCAAUAAAUCCAUUGUGACAGUUCUGGUCCAAUUCUGAACAUCACUCAAAAGUUUAUAUGCAUUCAUUCUAAAUUUGUGUUAUUUUUUUGUGACAAUAAAUAUGGGAAAUGCACAAAGAAUAAACAUAUAUAUAUAAAAGCUAAGCUAUAAUAAUCUAUAAUAUAUGAUAUCAUCUUGAGUUUGUGAUGGGGCUGUUCACCAGAAGAGAAUGAAGAAAAUGGCUCCAUCAACAACAGCUGGUCUUUGUCUUGAAGUGGUCGUACCCCCCCCCUUCUGAACCUCGAUGUACAAUCUUCAUCCUUUUCCCUUGUGUACUGUCCGAUUUCAAUGUCCAAACUAUCAAUGACCGUUCAUAGACAGUACAGAAAAUGACUGUAUUUUCCAAAAAGAUGAUUGUGCAACAAAAAGUAGCUCCAGUUUCCUGUUUUUGUGCCUCUGAAGUUCAAGUGUAAUUCUUUGCCUUUUGUUGCUGUGUAUAAUGAGUUUUGUCAAUGUCAAAAGAAAUACUUGACAUCAUUUUUAAAAACGAAUCCAGCGAAAAUUAUCUCUGUCUCCUAUAUUUGUUUUGAGUACCAUAUGAACUGAUCUAUAAUUACAUAUUUGCAAACAUUGUGCCCAAUAUGCACUUUUGUCAACAUUACCAGCAUUGUUAUAUGGAAAACAUGAUAUGACUCCAAAUAAACAGUG